AUGUAUUUGACCAACCUUCCGAUUGAGCUCCUGGAGCAAAUAUUAUGCCACAUAGAAGCCAUUAAGCUCUCCUCACUGAGAAUAUUGUCGCGUCAAUUUUGCGCACUGAUUGACGGAUCUAUUGAGCUCCAACUGCGUAUAGAGGCCGCAGCUGAUGGAUUUUUACUUCAUCAAUCGAGCAAUCACGCCAACGGCGGACUGGUGACCAGAGAGCUUUAUGAUGCGCUACUAGCAUCUCGGCGAGCGAUGAACGUGCUCAAGCCACUCCAAACAUGGCGAUAUGAUUGCUGGAACAAUGUCACUUUCAUGUUUGAGAUAUGCGACAAUACAUGGGCUCAUACCGCCAACGUGAUCGACACGUACGCGUUCAAAUCCAUAACAUAUGUGGAUAUGAACACGCCUCGCCUGAAGAAGGACGCUGCGUCAUCCACGCCCGAGGUGCCAACGGUGCUUGGACGAACGGCGGAGUUGGAUGUCAGUGUGAGCGACUUUGCCUUCUUACCUGCGUGUGAUCUCCAAGUUCUAGUCGAGCCGGUCGUAUGCGAACAGUCCGGGUCGGGAAGAUUGCACCUACGAACCAUAUCGACCAAUGAACCACAUCCCAUGGCUGCCCGUUCCAUUAUCGAGCUACCUGAUCGUAGCGAGCAAGAGCUCCAAAGAUGUGAGGUCCUCCUUUACGAGAACCGGCUUGUGCUUGUGUUUAAUCGCUCGAGACACCGGGGUAAUAUUACCGCGCUUGACUGGAAAACGGGUGAAGUGCUCAUGAGUCACAUUCAGGCCAUUGACGCUGCAUUCCUGCCUCGCGACCAUCUCAUGCUGCUCAGAGACGGGAACCCCGCAUACGUUGUCAUCUAUUCAUUCUCUGAACGGGCAAUCACACACCAACUGAAUCUUCCGCUGCAACGAAUAAGUCAACCAAUCGACUAUGCCAUCUUUCUCACACAUCCCUCCGACCAUUACGGCUCACAGGCACCCCCAGGUGUGAACAGCUCGCUCAAACCAGACCCAGACAACGACAUUAUCGUCCUGGAGCUAAAAUACGACAAUGACACUUUCCGUGUCGUCAUUUCGUCUGGACUUGUCCUCCGUGCAUGCACGCCCAAGUCUGAAUUCGAGGAGGAGUGGGGGGAUCCAGGCCCUAAAGUACUCAAGUGGAGACAGUGGGGUAUCAAAGCGACCCGUUGGCUCUAUGGACACGAUCUCUUACGCGCUUCCGUCCGGUCAACGUACGGCUCGCGUAUGGUGGUGUAUGGCUUUUCGGAUGCAUUUGUAGGAGAGAAGAAGAUAGCACAGUCGCUCACUGGUCCGCCCACUCCCAGUUGGAUGGUACAAUAUAAGGAAUGGCGACUGCUCAUGUUCGAUUUUAACCCGCGAUCCGUCGCACGUAAUGGAAAGGUAAUGGAAGGAGAAACGGGCACCUCCUAUGUAUACACCAAGCCAUCGUUAUUGAAGGGCACGGCAGGCUUGCCGACGCUCAGGGUUCUCUCGUGCUUGCCUUUUAGGGUGGCGACAAGCAAGAUCCCGUGGAAGUACAAGCACGUUUAUAUGAAUUCCACUACGCUCAUUGGUCGAAAGGAUCACCACUAUGACAUUCUAUCAUUCUUGCCGCCGAAGGAGGGAAUGGAGAGGAACACACAAUUCUGA